AUGAGUUGCAGCACUAAGGGUGGUGGAAGCAGUGUUGGUGGUGGCAGGAUCUGUGGUGGAAGCAGCAUCAAGAUUACAUCCUCAGGGUCCUCAAGGGGACUUUCUGGAAAAAGUUAUGGAGGAUCCCGGAGUGGCUAUGGAGGAGGUGGUUUCAGCAGUGGUAGCUGUGGGAGAAUUAGUAGAGGGAGAAUAAGUUAUGGAGGUAGCUGCUAUGGUGGUGGCAGCUAUGGUGGUGGCAGCUAUGGUGGUGGAAGUUAUGGUGGCCAUGGGGGAAGUGGAUAUGGUGGUGUUUGCUAUGGUGGUGGCAGCUAUGGUGGUGGCAGUUAUGGCGGUGGCAGCUAUGGUGGUGGUUCUGGCUACCCAUUCAGCAGUGGUAGUUUUAGUGGUGGUGAUGGAGGCCUCUUCUCCAGCAAUGAAAAGGCAACCAUGCAGAAUCUUAAUGAUCGCCUGGCUAAUUAUCUGGACCAGGUGAAAAGACUGGAAGAUGAAAAUUGUCAGCUUGAGAUCUGGAUCAAAGAAUGGUAUCAGAAGCAUGGUGAUAUUGGACCAGACAAGGACUAUAGUCACUAUUACCAAGAAAUUGACCAACUCUACAAUGAGCUGAUUGCUGAAACAGAUGAUUAUAACAAAAUUCUGCUGAAUAUAGAUAACACCAGGAUGACUGCUGAAGAUUUUAAGUUGAAAUAUAACACUGAAGCUGGUCUCCGUCAGAAUGUGGAGGCUGAUAUCAAUGGAUUACGCCCACUCUUGGAUCAACUCACUCUUGCCAAGUCAGAACUGGAAAUGCAAUUUGAAUCCCUCAAAGAAGAGCUGAUAUGUCUGAAGAAGAAUCAUGAGGAGACACUGAGAGGACUCCGAGGCCAGAGAGGCCAUGGUGAUGUCAGUGUUGAAGUGAAUGCUGCGCCUGGACAAGACUUGAAACAACGUUUAGAUCAGCUCCGGUGUGAAUAUGAAAACAUCAUUGAACAAAACCGAAAAGAGGUUGAAGCCUGGUAUGAAAGCAAGAUGGAAGAGGUUCGCCAAGAAGUGACUUCAAGUGAUCAGGAAAUAAGUUCAAGCAACCAUCAACUUUCAGAACUGAGACGCGAGUACCAAACCCUUGAGAUUGAGCUCCAGUCCCAAAUAAGCCUGAUUCAAUCUAUGCAAACCAAUCUGGAGGAUACAGAACGUCGAUACAACAUGCAGCUACAACAGAUUCAGAAUAUGAUUGAACCAGUAGAAGGAGAAUUGGCUAGCAUCCGGUGUGAGAUUGAAAGUCAGAAUCAAGAAUAUCAGCUUCUCCUUGGCAUCAAAACUCGUCUGGAACAGGAAAUCUGCCAAUACCGCCGAUUGCUUGAGGAAGGGCAGCAAGAAAUGUAUGUUGACCAGGAAAUUGGCUCAGGAGGAUAUGGAGGAGGACAUGGAGGUGGAAGAAGAGGUGGAGGAGGCAUCAGCGGAGGAGGUGUUUGUGACAUGGAAGAAAAUCUUGUGACUGAUACUUCCAAAUUCCUCCAAGAAUUUCUAUGA